AUGAAUCAGGCCAUGAGUCAGACUGUGCCCUCGGGCCUUGCCACCCGAGAUAACUCACCGCCACGGCCGCGACAAAAGUACGGUGCGGCUUGUGAAGAGUGUCGACGGAGGAAAUUGCGAUGCGAUCGCCGCCGGCCGCAAUGCGGUGUCUGCCAGGCUUCUGGUAUGCAGUGCCAAGUCGCAUUAUCUCGUGCUCUUCGGGGUCCGAAACCUGGAUAUAUCAAGGAUCUCCAAGCGCGGAUUGCGGCUCUGGAAGGAACCAUCACUCAGGCUAACCAGCAACAAAAGUACGGCGGCUCUAAUGAUUGUGUCGACGAUAUGGCCCUUAACAUGUCCCAGAACCCUCUUACCACAUUCCAGUUUGGUGAACCCCAGCCUCUGAAACUUGAGAUACCACCAUAUUCCGAAGACUCGAUCCAAGUCCAGAAAAUGUCAACUGUCUCCCCGGCUCGUUCACCUUCUUGCUCGGAUGGCGAGGGACAGUCGUCGGUUCCGAUUCAGGUUGAUUUAGAUCAAAUGUAUUGGGAAAGAGUCCACCACUUUGCUCCGAUCAUUCACCAACGUCGAUAUUUAUCUUGGAGUAGAAGGCAAGACAAGACUGCAGCCCAAACGGCCCUACAAUAUUCCAUGUGGACCUUGGCAGCUUCUGCAGGAACAGACUGUAAUCAGCUCAGUGUGGACCGAUUCUACCGCUGCGCCGUUCAAGCUCUGCAGGUGAUAGACAACACCGAUGAUCCCGCAGGUCUGAAGCAAUCCAGUGAUCAUGAGCAGGUACAGGCUCAGCUAUUACUGUCUUUGUACGAGUUCAAACAUAUAGACUUCCGUCAGGGCUGGAUCCGUGCCGGAUGCGCUUUCCGCUUGAUCCAACUUGGAUGGUUCCAGGAUAUUGUAUUAGGGAUAAAUCACUCGCCUGCUUCCAUGGACUGGACCGAGUUGGAGGAAAAGAGAAGAACGUUUUGGCUUGCAUUUUAUCUCGACCGCAUCAUCAGUUUGAGGAAUGAUUCGCCUUGCACUUUUGGCGAGGAGACCUUAAUCCCGUUGCCAGUCCCCGAGGCCAAUUUUCAAAACAGUAUGCCCACAAUCACGGGGUAUCUUUCCGACAGUCUCGACAGCCCCGACUAUGCAAACGACACUCAGUCCUCGGACUUCACCGAGAGUAUAAUUUUGGCCACCAUCUGUGGUCAUGCAUUGUCCCACCGCCGGCAGCUGCUAAUGGAGCAAGCUCAAUGUAGCGGAACGGAUGAUUUCUGGAGUCGCUAUCGGCAGAUUAACGCUAGACUUACCAAAAGAGCAGACCUUUCGGCCGCACGGUAUUCCGCGCAAGCCGAAGAAAUAGAGCCGGCACUGCUAUUCCAAAGCAUUAUGUGGCGUACGAUCAUUUUAUACAUGUAUGAAACUAUGAAAUUUGCGGCGGCACUGGCGGAUGAGAAUCAUCCUGCAUUAGAGUAUUAUCAGGAGGCCACAAUUGCGGCACAGAAUUUGGUGAUUUUGAGUGAUCAAUUACUGCAGGUCAACUGCUCAAAGCUACAUCCUCUUGCUCUUAUCCCCCUUAAUAUGUGUGGCUCCCUUCUCCUCAACUAG